AUGGACAACGAAGAUGCGGCAUACGACCCCUUCUCGAGCAGCCACGUGUGGAAACACACUGCAAAUAACGAAGACGUUGCCAUCUAUGAGUCGGCGCUCUUCGCGCCCUUGGAGCUAGACAUCAAUUCUAUAAGAUUUGACCACCCAUACGCGCCGAAACAUGACCUAGACCGUGAGCUUCGACUGCCUGAUCUGGAGACAUUCGAUUUCGGUCCGUUACCGGAGCUCGAUAGCAUUGAUGAGUCUAGCAUCUCGAUCGAAACUCCAGCCCUCGAACCAGAGGAGGACAUCUGGGAGGUGGCGCUGGACCUGGGCCCAGCUAACAAAGACUUGUUGUUCUACACAUGGGAGAGCUUCGAGAAGGGGGAGCAUAUACACACUCACACGCCAUACAUUACCGAACGGGGGCCAGAGGCAUAUGAUGCUGCACUUGCACACGAUGACAGCAAGAUGCCAGCCGGGCGAGCCAUCAAGGGCAACAUCCUUCUACAGUCGCUGUGGAACCUUGGCCUUGGCCGCUCGUCCAUCCUCUUCCAGUUCAACCCCAAGCUCAAAAGCUUCGAGCCGACCAUUGCGGACGGACGUGCUUCAGGGAUCAGUCUGUCCGCAGCACAGAGUCUGAUUGGUCGUUUCGUACAUAUCGGCAACACCUUUCUCUAUCUUCGAGCAUUCGUCGAACGGACCUUCGCCUCAGCUCAUUCGAUUUCUGCUCGAGUCGCCCUUGCUAGAUCGAUAUCGAGCAUUCUCGGGGUGUUAGAGAGCCAUCUGGGUAGCCAAUCAGGCAAUAUUGCAUCGUUACUUGAGCUACAACGACUUUUUACGAGGCCUCGCGAGAUUCUAAUACAUGUCGCGCGGAUGACGGACUCUGCCAGACAUGCAAAGACUAAUGAGCAGCUGGCCUCGAUCCUACAUCAUCGCAUAUUAGAGCUUGAGGAAAGUGAUGGAUACUUGAGAAAGAUCUCAGGCAGGAUCCUGAGGCAUGUUGCUGCUCCCAGCCUGCAGUUGAUGAGCGAGUGGAUCGGCAUCAGACAAGAGCAGGGCCCGUUACCGAUACACGAAAGGGGCAGCUUCGUAGCGGUCGAAGAUGACACGCCAGAGCAGGGGCCGCUGGACUACACCUACCGGUCUGAAAUGAUGCCCCGGUUUAUCACACCAGAAGACGGGAACCUCAUCUUCGACACGGGUAACAGUUUACGCUUCUUGAAGACGCAACACUUCGACCAUCCGCUUUCGAAUCUGGAUAAGUUCGACGUCAAGGCCCCGGAGAUGGAAUGGAGCUUUGCGUGGCAGGAUAUUGAAGUUGUUGCAAGGAAGGCGAAAGAGUACGAGGAGUCGCUCCGCUCCACACUGCUUGAGCUCACUGCAGGCCGGGAGGUGGCAAGGCCUAAAUCAUCACGCGUCCCUAACCCACAGCUCAAGCAUGAAAGCGAUCCACAAGGAUCGAAUCUCGACAACUUCUUCGAGCAAUCGAUCAAGGCGAUGAAUGCGCAGCCUGGCCAAUCUCACAGGGAUCCACCAGACGACAUACAGCACCUUCUCGACGAUAUUCUCACCCACCAAACACAUCCUGUUCUUAAUACAUUUGCCCCACCGAUGUCGAUCACGUCUGCAUUGUCUUUCCGGCCGUUGAUCACCGCUCAAGCAAAACUGGUCAAUGCGGCAACACUUCGCUUAUUCUUCCGGGCUCAUCAGCUGCGUCACCACCUAUCCUUACAGCGACAGUAUCAUCUUCUUGGCGAUGGUGUCUUCUCGUCCCUCCUUGCUUCCGCUCUGUUCGACCCUGAACGCGAAAGUGCAGAACGACACAAGGGCAAGAUGCGUAGUGGUGUACAAAUGGGUCUGCAACUUGGCUCGCGCACCGCCUGGCCUCCAGCGAGUUCUGAGCUGCGCCUUGCCCUACGUGGCGUCUUGAGUGAGAGCUACUACUCUUCUGCACUUUACCUGUCGAGCGUUGCAGCAAAUUCGGUCUCUACAACGAGCACCACAACAAAUGGCAGAGAUUCGGAUUCGCUGCCGGGACAACUCAACUUUGCGAUUCGCAAUCUGACUGAAGACGAACAGACGCUUGUUAUGGACCCUGACGCCCUCCCGGCCCUCGACUUUCUGCGCUUGCAGUAUGUGCCUCCGCCACCUUUGCACCUUGUUAUUACGGCCGCGUCUCUUGACAAGUACGACGCUAUCUUCAAGUCCCUUCUGCGCCUUUCUCGUACUCUCUUCGUGAUCUCUCACCUUCCUCGUCAAUACGCAGAUACCACAGCCCGCAAGUUCAGGAACGAAGCCCACCAUUUCGUGACCACAUACACCAACUACGUGUUUCAAAGUGGCAUCGCCGAACACUGGAGUGAAUUCGAUGGGUUUAUGUCGACACUGGAGAAGAGGCUUGACGAAGAGGACAAGGCUGGCGAGCUGGGUACACGUGUCACUGAGGGUGUCUCAACGCUCAGAGGCGCUCACGACAAGUGUCUUGACAGCAUCAUGUUCUCUCUGCUCCUGCGACGCAGACAGCGGAAGGUGGUAGCCUUGGUAGAUGAGAUCUUUGAGUUCGUGUUGGCGUUCGCAAAGCUGCAGCGAGGUGAUGUUAAGGGCGAUUCAGAAGAAGGCGAAGAGACUGCAACUGUGGAGGAGCUCUAUGCGAAGCUGAAGGGCAAGAUUAGGGUCUUCUUGAGCGUGUGCAGAGGGCUCACGGGCAAGAAAGGGUAUGGGCGGAAGGGCACGACGGAAGAAAACAGUAUCGAGCGACUGGUCGUGGCGAUGGAGAUGAAUGCGUAUUUUGCAGCGCCGUGA